GGUCAUUUUCAUUGAAAAAGACUUCCCCUUUACAUAUUUUUAUCGUACUAUUUUUUUUUUCUAAGGUAAAGUGAAGAAAUUUGCAAGAUAUGGGUUUUAUUCUCAUCUGGGUAUUUCUUAAAAUUUCCUCUCCAUUUUUGUUCUAGAACGAAGAACCUUCCAUAACUCACAAAAUCUUCCAUUUUCAAAUUUUUUUUUCUUUUUUUCUUCUUCUGGGUUGAAGAAUUUAUGCACAAAUUCUAUGGAUAUUAAUAGUAACUGCUGGGGUUCCAACAAUAAUAAGGAUAAAUCUUGGAGGGCAGUUUUGUUGUUAGCAUAUCAAAGCCUUGGUGUAGUAUAUGGAGAUUUAAGUAUUUCCCCUUUGUAUGUUUUCAAGAGUACAUUUGCAGAAGACAUUCACCAUUCUGAAACUAAUGAAGAAAUUUUUGGGGUUCUUUCAUUUGUUUUUUGGACUCUUACUUUACUUCCUUUGUUUAAGUAUGUGUUCAUUGUUCUAAGAGCAGAUGACAAUGGUGAAGGUGGUACUUUUGCCCUUUAUUCCUUAAUAUGUAGGCAUGCAAAAGUGAGCCUUCUGCCAAACAGGCAAGCAUCUGAUGAAGAUGUAUCAACUUACAAGAUGGAGCACCCACCUGAGACUAAGAGUACUUCUAAAGUUAAAAUGGUGCUAGAGAAGCAUAGAUGCUUGCAUACUGCAUUGCUAAUAUUGGUUCUUCUUGGUACUUGUAUGGUUAUUGGAGAUGGACUCCUUACUCCUGCUAUUUCUGUUUUCACUGCAGUUUCUGGCCUCGAGUCAUUGAUGUCUCAUGAGAAUCAUCAAUAUGCUGUUAUUCCAUUUACAUGCUUCAUCUUAGUCUGUCUUUUUGCACUACAACAUUACGGUACACAUCGAGUGGGGUUCGUGUUUGCACCGGUAGUUUUGAUCUGGUUACUAUGCAUAAGCGGUCUAGGGUUAUAUAACAUUCUUCAUUGGAAUCCACAUGUUUAUCAAGCUAUAUCUCCAUAUUACAUGUACAAGUUCUUAAAGAAGACUACAAUAAGCGGAUGGAUGUCGUUGGGUGGUGUUCUGCUGUGCAUCACAGGUUCUGAGGCGAUGUUUGCGGAUUUAGGGCACUUCUCUUACAUGGCGAUUCAGAUUGCUUUCACUUUUCUGGUGUAUCCAACCCUCAUACUAGCUUACAUGGGUCAAGCAGCUUAUCUUUCCAUGCAUCACGAGAACGUCGACGCUAUCAGCUUUUACCUCUCUGUUCCCGAAAAGGUCAAAUGGCCCGUAAUUUUGGUAGCAAUACUUGCUUCCGUUGUGGGAAGCCAAGCAAUUAUAAGUGGGACAUUCUCGAUCAUUAACCAGAGCCAGUCACUUGGUUGUUUUCCCCGAGUCAAAGUAAUUCACACAUCAGAUAAGAUACAUGGCCAAAUAUACAUCCCCGAGAUCAACUGGAUACUGAUGGUUCUCUGUAUUGCUGUCACAAUCGGAUUCCGAGAUACUAAACACUUAGGAAAUGCAUCAGGUUUAGCUGUGAUGACAGUGAUGCUGGUGACAACAUGCCUAAUGUCGUUGGUCAUUGUUCUAUGCUGGCAUAAACCUCCGAUGUUGGCCUUGUGUUUCCUUCUCUUUUUCGGCUCAAUCGAAAUCCUCUAUUUCUCAGCGUCUCUAGUGAAAUUUUCCGAGGGUGCUUGGCUUCCGAUCCUGCUAGCCCUCAUCCUCAUGACAAUCAUGUUUGUAUGGCACUACGCCACGAUCAAAAAAUAUGAAUUCGAUCUCCACAACAAAGUCUCCUUGGACUGGUUGCUAGCCUUAGGUCCAAGCCUAGGAAUAUCUCGAGUCCCGGGCAUCGGGAUGGUCUUUACUGACCUCACUUCAGGCAUCCCCGCGAACUUCUCUCGCUUUGUCACCAAUCUCCCUGCCUACCACAAGAUACUGGUCUUUGUGUGUGUGAAGUCUGUUCCUGUUCCCUAUGUACCCCCAGCCGAGAGAUACCUUAUUAGCCGUGUAGGUCCCCCUGCCCACCGCUCUUAUCGUUGCAUUAUCCGAUAUGGGUAUCGUGACGUCCACCAAGACAUCGACUCCUUUGAGUCCGAGCUAGCCGCCAAGUUGGAUGAAUUCAUUCGUUUCGACUGGGCUCAAGACCAUAGAGAAGGUCGACAGUCCUACGAAUUCAAUGAAGCACAGGACAACGAACCUAAUGCGUGUCACUUAGCAAUUACAAACACGAUCAGAUACUCACGUGAACCUCCAUACGAGAUCGAUGAAAACCCACAACCAGCAAGCGUCUCCAUCGGACUACCGACAGUUGGGAGCAUAGGGGAUAUCACAGAAAUGGAGCCAAUCAAACGACGAGUGAGAUUUUCUGACGAAACAUGGGGAUGUGACGAGAAUGAAGUUCAAAUGCUGCAAGAAUUAGACGAUCUCUGGGAUGCUCAGCAAGCCGGGAGUGCAUUCAUAAUAGGUCAUUCUCAUGUCAGAGCGAAACAAGGAUCAUCUUUUCCUAAGAGCUUAGCCAUAAAUUUCGGGUACAAUUUUUUGAGGAGGAACUGCCGAGGACCUGAUGUUGCUCUAAGGGUUCCACCGGUGUCGCUGCUCGAGGUUGGCAUGGUCUAUGUUGUUUAAGACAGGGAUAAUGCUUUGUAAUUAACUAUACAUUAUCGGUUUUGUUCAUACGGAAGAAAAGAGGAAGAAGUUUUUAUGCAACGACACAAAUCGGCGAGUUAAAGGACAUGUCUUAUGUCUAAUUAAGGAAAUGCUUUUGUACAGUCUUCCUGUGAUGAGUUUUACUUCAGUAUAUGUCCCUCUUAUGAUAGUAAAUGAAUCAGUCAUGGUUGUUCAAAAGGAAAAUUUUCUUUCCAUGGUUAAGAAUCAUAGAAAAGAAACAUGUUGGUUGUAGCUAAGGAAUGGUUAAGCUAGCUUCCCAUUUUUUGUUAUAAUUUUUAAGUUUUUAGUAUUUCAAUUUGGUAUUAUUUUUAUAUUUAUUAGUUUAAGAGAUAUAUCGAUAUAAUUUAUAGUUUUUUGUUUUGGAUUAUAAUAAAUCGCAUUAAAAUGACGUAUUAAUUCA